UCAACGAGUGCAAUACUGGUACCUCCAACUGUCACUCAUUGGCGGCCUGUAUCAACAUUCCUGGUUCUUACCAAUGUAGUUGCAAUCAGGGUUACCAAGGAGACGGGAUAAACUGCACAGAUAUCAACGAAUGUGAUGCGGGGUCUUUCGCCUGUGACCAGAACGCAACGUGUGUCAACACAAUCGGAAGCUAUCAAUGUACAUGCAAUGCAGGUUUUACUGGCGAUGGCACUAUCUGCGAUUUAAUUGUUUCAACUGCCAUGAAUGCUCGGUCCAGGGGUGAUAUUCCAUGCAUCUCUCGUCUCCAGUGCGAUGACGUCAACACUGAAGGGACAGAGUCUGCUCAACCGGCAUCAAAGUUGUCUGGAGCAAGAUCCUCUGGUGGUGUUGGGGCAAGGACUAAUGGCAAAAAUAAAAAUGGAAAGGUUCCUCCAACUGUAAACCUCACCGUAAUCGCAACCUACCUUUCUUAUUCAACAAUUGACCUGGUAGCAAAUGGCACAGUGAUUUCGGCAUUCAUCGCCGACCCUUCGGCAGAUUUCGGCACGACUCGCAUAGACUCGGCCGUAACCGGACCCGAUGGUGUGGUAGUGUUGACAGUGCCGCACAAUCAGACUGUUCUCAUUGUUGCAACUCGAAAUGAACUCCUGAGUAAUUCCAUCACAAUCAAGGCAAACUUGAACCAGAAUAAUGUUGUGACCCUCACCUUGGCCGUGUCGGAUGAAUUCAAUAUAUUUCUCUGGCGAAGUACCACAUCAAACACCUUUGAGUUUGGAAGAGGGAACGGCGCGCCGAUGUACCGAGUGGCAUUUCCAGUUCGUGGACUAGCAGUUCCCGAAAGGUCAUUGGUGGAGAUUGAAUUUUAUGAGGUCAACAUAACCAAUCCUAAAGAUUUGCAAUACGCCCCAGAAUUAAUCGCCGAGGUCCCCAGAGCUCCUCUUGAAGAGUUUGGGAGGCGGAACAGUGAUGGGAUAUCAAAACACGACCUCGUCUCUCUUGAGGUAGUGAGUAUGAUGGACCUUCGGAUAUCUCGUCAGGACACGGGCAAGGUCCCAAUAAUCACACGUCCAGUCACUCUGACCAUGCCGAUCUUUAACCUACCUCAGGAUCUAUCGGUGGGAGAUUCCCUGGAUGCUUGGUUCUUCGAUACUAGCCACGGUGUGUGGAGGAACGACGGAGCGGGGGUGAUAGGGGUGGAUCCCGACAGUAACAAGCUCGUCUGGACUUACCAACCAACGCACUUCCAUGACUUCACCUGGUGGGCUGCAGGAAGACCACAGGUUCUACCUAGUUGUGUCAAGGUCAAGACUUGCCUAGAUGAAGCGUGUGUAAAUCCUUUACCGGCUAUCAGGAUAAGUCUAGUGGGUGAAAACCAUGGAUUCAUGAGCUCCAGGAUAACCGAUCAAAAUGCCGAAACGUGUUUCUCAUUUAAACACGGAAGUUUCGUGUUUCUCCAAGCAGCAUGCACCACACAAAGAAUACAAGUUGGCAGUACGACGCAGCCCGCCCUCUGCGACAAUUCAGCCGUUGACAUUCCUUCAUUUCGGUCUUCUUCCGGUACUACUACAAAUGCCUGCAAGGAGAUCACAAUGAUCAUUCCAUCAUCAGCAGUUAACUCCACAUGCCCUGACCCUGGUGAGGUCGAACCUGCAACACGUACCCUGAGCGGCCUCCAGUAUUCCAACUCGGUCCAGUACACCUGCGCUCCUGACUUCUCACCUGAAGCCGGGUAUGGCUACCGGACGUGCUUAGAAUGUGGAACGUGGUCGGAUCACCUUGUCAAUUGUGCGUUCACACGUUGGUUUCCAUGAGGCUUCUCCAGCGCACACCAAUUGCCAAGGAUGAAUCCACCUAAAGCAGCAGCAUACACAUGUAAAUGCUUGGCGAUGGCGGAUUCUCCGGUCUCUAUUCCUCUGGUUUGUAGAGGUGGGGAACAUCCAUUGCAGAGGCUGAAUCAACUUAAAGAUAUUGAAGGAGUAGGCCUACUAAUCAAUUCUCGUUGGAAACGGCCCCCUCUUCUUUGGACACUUUCUCCCUUUGUUUUUAGAAAUUGUUUAAAAAAGCAGUCACUCAUUAAUAUUGAAGACGUUGUUUUUCAUUGGCUUUUUCUCAUUUUCUCCCAAAACAAGAUGAUCUGGAAGUACUAUUUUGCUAUCUUUCAAUGACCAUUUCCGUUCUUCAUCUUCCCACCACCAUGACCACAUAUAUCUUCCAAUGAGAUUGAAAGAGACAUAAGUUUGGUCCUAUAAGAUUCAGAGAAUGGCGACGGUCGCGUGGUAACAUGAUACCAAUAAACAUCCAGACGAAAAUAAGAUCUGAAAACUGGGAAAAUCUAUUAUGGGUGUUGACUGUAUCAUUAUUAAUGAUAAUCAAAUGCUUUGUGUUAAAGGAAAGUGAUAUGUUUCAAAUGUUUAAUUCAAGCACAAUUCUUUCUAUUGUGUAUUAUGGUGAUGUUCAGAUGAAUAAAAUGACUACGAUUAAAACGAUUAAGUGUUUUUAUUUUUCAUUUGAUUUUCCAUUUUCCACCUUUGUGAGGUGUUGUGUGGCUCAGUGGAUAUUGCGUCCUUUGGCUGUGCGUUUAUCUACAGUUGCCUCUCUCAACCCAGGUGUAUCAAAUUGGUACCCGAUAGGAAGUAAUUCCUUGAAUGCUCGAGCGCUCGAUAAGAAUAGCCAUGCUAAAGCCGGGUUAACAGUAGGCAGUGUUUAGAAACAUUGUGUAAAGCGCUAAAUAAAUGUUGCAUAAUUAUUGUUAUCGUUAUCAUUGACACGUAGUGAAAGAGGAUGAGAUGUAAUUUGGGGGCAAGUCGGUUGCAUCAAGGAAUUCCCUGGUCACAUAAGAACUAAACUUUAAUUUCAAGUUCUCAACUCCUUUGUCAAGUACGAGCUCAGUAAUAAUUUGGAUUUUAUCUUUAUCCAUCGUCAUCUAUUUCAAGCUUAACCGCUCACGAUGGCGGUCUCCUGCGUUCAUUAAGUAUUAUUAUUAUCCUUAUUAUUAAUAAGUUAAGAUUAUGUUCACAUCAUUCUUUUGUGUAUUUAUUAUGUAUCAUGACUAUAUUUUUUAUUUUGUAUCAUGACUAUAUUGUUUGUUUACAUUGAUAUUGUAUUAUUUGAAUGCAG